ACCCGAUCAUGAGGAACUAAAGUGAAGUUUGACAAGAAAUUUUGCUAUUUUCCCUAAAAAAGAGUUACAAUGGCUUGACUUUGUGACAGAAUUAACAAGAUUUAACGUCAUGCCGCUGUUUAGAACGAGGAAAGUUGAUAAAGAAGAGUCACAGAGACGAUUGCAGCGAUGUAUAGUUGUGGCUGAAGAAUCUCCAGAACCAUCUUUUAACCUUACAGGAUGUGGUGUAACCGAACUUCCCAAAGAAAUGUUUUCCCUUUGUCGGGUUUUGAGAAAGGAGGUUGUUCUUUUAUCUGACAAUGAUCUGUCUAGUAUAAAGGAUGGUGGAAGUAUGCGAGACCUUGCUGAUGUUAAGGUUCUCGAUAUUCGGGACAAUAGACUGAGCAGUUUACCAAAUGAUAUUGAUGAGUUAAAAUCACUAGAGGUUCUUAAUUUACAAAACAAYAAGCUAAAGACAUUACCAAAAGCAAUUGGUGGCUUGAAAUCCUUGACCUUUAUUAAUUUACAAGGCAAUAAUCUUCAAUCUCUUCCUGAUGAAAUUGGGAAUUUACCAAACCUGAAAACACUCAACAUCUGUGACAAUCCAAAGCUACACUCWUUGCCUGCUUCCCUCGCUUACUGCAGGMUUUUAGAGAAAAUCCUAUUAGACAAUCAUGUCAUUACUGUUCCACCAAGAGACAUCACAAGUCAAGGAACUGUGGCUAUCCUCAAGUACCUAAGUCAAUGUGCUGGAAUUGAGUUUAUGCCAUCAUCAAAACAAGUUGUAUCAGCUAUCAAUGACAGUAAAUCCGGAUUUCAAAGUAGCGAUACAUCUGUYAUUGAUAAAGCUAUUGAAGAAACUUUGCAUCGGCAUGAUUUAGAAAAGGAUCACAAAAAAGACCAAAUGGCUGAAUUAGAAAAGCAAAUGAARGAGUUAGACAGCGAGCAGCAACUGCUAGCUGACAGAGCUUCUAAGUCACAUGAGGAUCURGUAAAUAAGAUCCGUCAGGCUGAAGCAGACAUGGACAAUGAUAUACURUGGCAGCAAAGUAAACAAGAUGCAUUGCGUCAGAAYAGGAAUGCUGUAAUGGCCUCCAAUGAACUUCAACAUAAUGACUUGGUAGCAAUGAUUCUUCAAAUCAAUGAGAGAGAAAACAGCAAGGAUGCAAUUUUAGACAAGAUGGAAAAGGAAAGAAUGGAACUUGAUCAAUUAGUUGAGGUCACUACAGAAGAAUCUGAAAAGCUUCGACGCGAAGAAGUCUUAGCAUCCAUGGCAAAGCUGCUUGCUUCRCGUGAAAGUCAAGAUCGGUUGGUGAGUGAAUAUCARUCAUCWCGUGAUGACAUCGYGAAAAAAGCCAUGGAAAGUGAAGCCGAGGCCAACCUGUAUGUAUGGGACACGUUGACAGAACAGGACAGGGACAAGAAAGACUUGGAAUCACGUCUUUCUACCGAGGCGUUGGCUCAGAUGCGUGCAAUACAGGCCCUUCAGCUUCAACAAGACACAAAACACUGUCGACUGAAAGGACAGAUCAAAAUUUUGGAAGAUGAAUUGGCACAACUGACAAUGAUCGAGGUGGACAAAAGAGAAGAAAGGCAAGACAUUGAAAAGGCUGUGUUAAAGGCAAAGCGUGGAGAAUUAUCAAAUUUGCUUGGACAGCUGAUUAUGGAACAAGAAAAGAGAGAGAAGGAACUCAUGGAUAGAUUGGUUGAAAUGGAAAACAGACGCGAGUCAGAUAUCGAGGAUUACUGGUUGAUCCAGUACCAACGCCUACUUGAUAACAAACCAGCCAGCCUACUGGAAAGAGAAUGCGAUCCUGAGGUCUCUGAGGUCCUAAGAGAUGCCGGWGCAGAGGACUAUGUUGCSUUGUUUGCCAGACAUCGYAUWACAUGGAAAAUGUUGAAGAAUAUGUCUACUGAUGAAUUAAAAGAGAUGGGAUUGCGCGAAGUAGGUAUUCGSAARGCCAUCUUGGAAGCUGUCGAGGAAAGRGAAMGGACAGAYCAGAGAGCCAAAGACAAAGAGAAAGAACUUGAAAAAACUUCRAAGGAACCUGAGCCUGUCCAUCCGACACCSUCAGCACCACCACAAGAAGCUCCACUCCUUCGACCUACAGGACAAGCUGUGUACAGUGAAUGCGUUAUCUGCAUGGAUAGGAGGUCCAAUGUAGUGUUGCUGAAUUGUGGCCACGUUUGCUGCUGCUUCGAGUGCUCAUCGACAAUCAAAGAAUGUCCGAUAUGUCGCAGUCAAAUUAUGCAGCGUGUCAAAAUAUAUCUGACUURAAAUGAAUCUCUCCGUUCAUGUAGACUCUUGGUUGAAAUGUUAAUCUCUGAGGAGUUUAUUAUAUAGAAUUGUAUUCAUGCACAAGUGAGAUUYCAGUCAAUAAAUUUUAAACAAUUUUGCAUCAGGCAAUUGAAACUCAACCCCUCCUGRCACCCUGGGUAUUUAGCGCUCUUGAAACGUUUAAACUAAUUAGAAAUUCUGUAGUCUACCCCAGGGGUAGGGGGACGCCCUUUCAAUUGCCUGGUGUGGAUUAAUUGUCAAACAAAUAUAACAUGUACAAUAUUCAAUAUUCUGCUGAUAUACUAUACUCUAUAGAGCCCAACAGUUAUAUAAACAACAAGUAUACAAGAUCAGCGCUUAUUACAUGUAGAACCGAAAAUUAAUUCAAUAUGCUGCCGCGUAGGAGGCCAAAAAAAUUGUCAAUACAAAUUAUAUGUUUGUAAACGUCGUUGUAGAAUAUUGGAGAACUGACUCGAGUUAUUGAUUGUAACCAAUUCUUUAUCAGUAUUAAAAUAUUUAUAAAAACA